AUUCAGUUGCUGUAAAGCUCUCGUUUGAAUCAGACUUCUUAUUGAAUUUUAAAAAUAAAAUAGAAUUUUUUUAAAAACUGAUUUUAUAAUUUCUAGAAAAUAUAAUAUUUUAUAGAAUAAAUAAAAUUUGAUUAUUUUUUGUUAAUCAAAAACCUCCCCUUACAAUGAGGUCUCUUUGUUGUGUGUUUGUUUUUGCUAUAGCGCUGGCAGCUACAGCUUUGGCAACAAAACCUCCAAAAUGGGACACCACAUACACUGUUAGUGGAACAUUAAAUAUUCCUUAUGCUGAAAUCGAAGAACCAUUUUUUGCAUGGUAUGAUAGUCACACUAAACGUUCCCGUAUUGAUUACUACGGUGGCAUGGUUAAGACCUAUCAACUAGCCAACGAAGCAAAAUACGGUGCUUCACUUAAAAUUGCUCCAGUAACAACAUCAUCAGAUUUGAAUAAAGAAACUUGUUUAUUGGUAAAUGGUACAGCUGAUAAUGUUGUUGAAAUUCAAUCAAUUUUACCGGAUGCCAAGAGCUUCACUCUUAUUGGAACCGAAACUUUACUCGGAAUUGUUUGUGAUAAAUUUCGUUUGGAAGAAGUAAUUGGCUCGAAGAAGAACAUAUAUACUCUCUGGGUUAGGUACAAGAAGUCCCCCAAAUAUCCAGCAUCUCGUCAACCAAUUCCAGUUCGAUAUGAAAUGAAGGGUUACAAUACACUCUUGGGUUCCCAUUAUGAUCAUUAUUAUCUAGAUUAUGAGAGUUACGCCAAUGACGCUGUUCCCAAUGAGGUUUUCGAAAUAAGUCCAGAUAUGCCAUGUGUGAGUUUCCCUGGUCCAGGAGCCGGACACUAUGCCACCUUCAAUCCAAUGCAAGAAUUCGUUCAUCCAACCAAAGAUCAUCAUUUGGAAAUGGAAUUCAAAAGAUUCAAGGGCAAACAUGGAGUUCAAUACAUGAAUGAGACUGAACAUGAAUUCCGCAAGAAUAUCUUCCGUCAGAAUCUUCGUUUUAUUCAUUCGAAAAAUCGUGCAAAGUUGGGAUAUUCCCUGGCAGUAAACCAUUUGGCUGAUAAGACUGAAAAUGAAUUGAAAGCUCGUCGUGGAUUCAGAUCAUCUGGAGUUUACAACACCGGUAAACCAUUCCCAUACAGUACCCAGAAAUUGAAGGACAACCUUCCUGAACAGUUUGAUUGGAGACUUCUUGGAGCUGUAACUCCUGUCAAGGAUCAAUCGGUUUGCGGAUCUUGCUGGUCAUUCGGAACUGUCGGAGCAAUAGAGGGAGCCUAUUUCCUCAAGAACGGCGGCAACUUGGUGCGACUCUCCCAACAAGCACUCAUUGAUUGUUCAUGGGAAUAUGGCAACAAUGGCUGUGAUGGUGGUGAAGACUUCCGUGCUUAUCAGUGGAUGAUGAAGAACGGUGGUAUCCCAACUGAAGAAGAAUAUGGAAACUACUUGGGUCAAGAUGGUUUGUGUCAUGCCGAUAAUGUUCCGAAAGUUGCCAAGAUUUCUGGAUUCGUCAAUGUCACAUCCAACGAUCCAAAUGCAUUUAAAAUUGCUUUGGUUAACAAUGGUCCAUUGUCGGUGGCUAUUGAUGCAGCACACAAGGCUUUCAGUUUCUAUUCACAUGGAGUUUACUAUGAACCUGAGUGUAAGAACGAUAUAAAUGGGCUUGAUCAUGCUGUUCUGGCUGUGGGAUAUGGAAAAAUUAACGGUGAAGAUUAUUGGUUGGUGAAGAACUCAUGGUCUACCUAUUGGGGUAAUGAUGGUUAUGUUCUUAUGUCGGCUAAGAAUAACAAUUGCGGAGUCAUGACUACACCAACUUAUGUAGAAAUUGCAUGAGAGUAAAGCUAUACAGCAGCUUAGGUUAAAAUUGUAUAGAAAGUCAAUCUUUUUUAAUAAAAAAAAAAUUGUAUCGAAA